CCAAACACAGAGGAAGGGAGAGCGGUGUGCGUGCAUGUGUGAAGGAGAGAGUUGGAGCGAGGGGUGCCUCGCAGCCUUGCCGAGAGGGGAGGUUGAGAGAGCCAGCAGACACACUCUUAUUUUUCUUCUCCCCGCACCGAAUGUAUGAAUCCCCUUUUCUUUCUGUCACGUCCUGGUCGCGUGGAUAGACAAGGUAAACAACGAGCAACCUCCAAUUAUUCUCCCAGCCCCACAUUCUUCCACUCUAAAAGGUGACAUUUGUGAAUAUUGCUUCAUGACUGGAAGUUAACAAAGGAGCUUUUAAUUCUGUAGAUUUGGUAUAAUAACCACAACAGGCAACUCUAUUGAAUGGAGCAAUGUUGAGGUUCCAAGAAGUUGUUAAACAUGGUACUUCUCUUACACCUAUUUCUACCUCCUCAAAGACAUUGAUUGCUGGAAGAUACGCUGUUCAGGAGAAACUUGGCCGUGGGAGCUUUGGUACUGUCUACUUGGUGUCCGAUAAAAAAGCAAAGAAAGAAGAAGAGCAAUUGAAAGUUUUGAAGGAAAUUUCUGUGGGAGACCUAAAACCCAAUGAAACAGUUGAAGCAAACUUAGAAGCACAGUUGUUGUCCAGGCUAGACCAUCCAGCUAUUGUCAAGUUUUAUACUAGCUUUGUGGAAGGAGAGAGUUUUUGCAUCAUCACUGAAUACUGUGAGGGUCGAGACCUCGAUGUUAAAAUUCAAGAGUACAAAGAAGCUGGCAGAGUGUUUCCUGAAAGCCAAAUAAUAGAAUGGUUUAUACAGUUGUUACUUGGAGUCAACUACAUGCACGAAAGGCGGAUACUUCACAGGGAUUUAAAAUCUAAGAAUAUUUUUUUGAAAAACAACCUUCUUAAAAUUGGGGACUUUGGAGUUUCUCGACUAUUGAUGGGAUCCUGUGACUUAGCAACUACUUUUACUGGGACACCUUUCUACAUGAGCCCUGAGGCACUGCAGCACCAGGGCUAUGACACAAAAUCAGACAUUUGGUCACUAGGGUGCAUUUUGUAUGAGAUGUGCUGCUUGGGUCAUGCAUUUACCGGUCACAAUUUUUUGUCCAUUGUUCUAAAAAUUGUGGAAGGCGAUACACCUUCUCUUCCAGACACCUACUCAAGUAAACUCAAUACAGUGAUGCACAGCAUGCUGAGCAAGGACCCUUCAAUGAGGCCAUCUGCUGCAGAAAUUUUAAGAAUUCCGUACAUUGAUGAUCAAUUACAGAAUAUGAAGUGUAAAUUCACAAAUAUGACUAUUAAGGAGCAGGUGCUGGAUUCUCAGGAAGAAGCUGCAGAUAUUAUUAAUGCUGUGCAGAAAAAGGUACAUCUGCAAACUCUGAGAGCCCUAUCUGAAGUACAGAAAAUGUCACCACGUGAACGAAUGAGGCUACGGAGGUUAAACAUUGCUGAUGAGACAGCACAGAAACUGAAACAGCUGGCUGAAGAAAAAUAUCAAGAAAAUCUCAAAAGGAUGCGAGAGCUCAGAUCCCGUAACUUUCACCAAGUGAACAUAGAUGUGCUUCAUGAAUCAGAACAGCAAACUUCAGAAUAUCUGAUUAAGUCUCAACCAGUCAUUGCCUUGGACUACCGAUCCAUAGGAUUCAGUAACCAAAGCAACAGUGAUACACCAGACAGACUCUGCAUGUCUGAUCCAGUGGAGCAUGAGAUCCCAGAAGACCCUCUCAUUGCAGAAGAGUAUUACAAUGAUGUGUUUGAUUCAUGCUCAGAAACAAGUGAAGAGGAGGAGGAGGAGGAAGAGGAGGAAGAGGAGGAAGCAGCAGUGAUAGUAGUGGGGACAAUGGACACAUCACAGACUUUGUGCAGAACAAAUCAGCAGGACAGUGAUACUGAGGCAAUGGUCAGAUACAUGGAGGACAUCCUAAAAACCAGCUCUGUAGGUACUGGGAUUGUCACCAGAGCGACUCCACUGGGACCCAGGGGAUUGAGAGCUUUCAACAGCACCACGGCAACAACUAAGCUGAGACGUAUGAGGGAGUCAGCUAUUCAGAAACUGGGAAAAGAGAACUUUGAAAAAGUAUAUACGUUCCUUAAAGAAGCAAGAAGGCAGAAUGCUAGUGAAGAUGAAAUUAAAGAAUAUCUGGAAAAAGUGGUUACUAGGGCAAGUGACUAUUUUGAAGUAGACCAGCUCCUCUAUUUUGAAGACCAGCUAUGUGCUUCAGAAGAUUCUGUAGUGUGAAACAUUGUUCAGAAUGGAUUUACUUGGAUUAUAUGAAAUCCACAAACAGAACACUAUCACUGAAAGCAAGCAUUAUGUCAGGGCUGUCAAACCCCCAGGCCACAGGCUGGAUCUGGCCUGUGCAGCUCCUUCCUCUGGCCUUCCUUCCUUCCUUCCUCCUGCUGUGCCGCACAGCUCCUUCCUUUCCCUUCUCCCUGCCAUGCGCUGAAGUGCCAAAGCACCAGCCAGCUUCCUUCUCCCCACCCCUACUCACACUGUAUUGCUCCUUCCUGCCCCCCCCCACUCCAAUCAAAGUGGCGGCAUCCAAAGUGCCGACUGGAUUCCUUCUUUCCCUCAAGCAGCUCCUUCCUUUCUCAUCGCUGUGCGCUGGAAGGAUGCACCAGCUGGCUUCCUUCUUUCCCCCAUAACCACCAGUAUUUAUCUCCCCCUCUUCCAUGCUUUUCCCAGUAUCUCCUUCUUUCACACACACAGCCUUCCCCACUGUCUUUCCCUCUCUCCCCCUCAUCAAGCCUGCCUCACCCCCUGCCCCUCUCCCUCUCUCUUGUCAAGCCUCCCCAUCCCCUUCCUCUAUCUCUUGUCUCCCACACUUGUGAGGUUUGUGGUGAAGGAUAAAAAAAAUCUGUGGAUCCAUUAGAAUGUUGGCAACUGUACCCUUCCCCUCACAUGAGGUGGGCACGAGGUGACAGAAGGCAGUGUGAGGCUAUCUGUGGCCCUGCACAGGUGCAUGGAAAUCCAAACUGGCCCACCACCAGAUUUGAGUUUGACACCACUGAAUUAUGUUGUAUAGUUUAGAGGGCUGAGUAGUAUAGAGAUACUGAUGAGAAGAAUUGCUGCCAUUUUGUUCUCUUGUUAUAUGAGAUAAAGAGUACUCUUUUCAUCACUGAA